AAAAGUUGGAUUACGGCAGACAUUGGUCAACCAAAGUGUGCUUACGCCAUUCUCAAGUCUCAACAAUUCCCUAUAAGAAAUCUUGCUUGAUUAAAUGUUCAACAGUUGGGUUAUCUUUUUACCAUCAAUCUCCAACAAAUGAGGAUGUUUCAACCCCUCUUCGUAUCAGUACUUGUUGUUUUUCUGACGCUUCUAGUUGCACUUGUUAACUCGCACAAUGAAUCGGGCGAGUGGAGCUGUGAGUCCUCUGACUCGGGCACUCAACUCGUGGCUCAGUUUCGACCCGGUGUUGUUACUCUUGAUGGGCAUCCUGAUGAUUGGAAAGACAUUGGUGGGUUUGACUUCUCUCUUCUUCCUGCUCUUGACCCACAUGAAGAUGAUGCUUAUAAGGGUGGAAAAAUGACUGUUAAGGCAUUACAUGAUGGUAAAGAUGUGUUCUUUUUAUUGCAAGUUGAUGGAGAAUAUGCUUACUCCAAAGGCAAUAAUAACAAAUGCCCUUCUGUUGCUCUCAUGUUUCAGAUUGGUGAGAAUGCUACUUAUCAUAAUAUGGGUGGUUGUAAGGCAUCUCCGGAUUCUUGCACCAAUAAGACUUGCCGUGGAUCAGAAGUUGACCUUGUGCAUUUCUCAAUCGGAACUUCUAUUCCUGGACGUCUAUAUGGUGGAAACUUGGUAGAUGUUGGAACAGGCGGUGAUAGGUUCGGUCAUUUGGUUGAUGUGUAUGCCUGGAACCCACAUUGUCGGUUUCUCGAUGGACUAGGACCUUCAGGGACCAACAAUACGGCUCAGAAUGAUUGGAAGGGAGCUUGGUGGCACAGCAGCCUCAAUACUCACUCAGGUUUUGUGGACGAAGAUAGCCCGUAUGCAUCAAACGGUCAGAAAGGCACCUAUUAUUUUGAAUUUUCGAGACCAUUAAGGACUAUGGAUCGAUUUCAACAGGAUGCUCAAUUCAAGAUUGGUGAAACGAGCAAAUUCUCUGCUGCAUUUUGGUACCCAGUGGACGGUAACCCAUGGCAUGGAUCUGGCCAUUAUACAGUCAGCUGUGAUUGGCUACCAUUGGAUAUAAUCUCGGGAAGAUCUGCACUUGCUGUAACCAAGGUCACAGCACGAAGCUCUUGGGAUGUUGCUGUCGCGUUCUCUCUAUUACUCUCUGUGGUUGCGUUUUGUUUGUCUGUUUUGUUGGGAUAUCGUGUCUCGAUGCGUCAAGGAGUGUCGUUUACUCGCAUGGAUGGUCUCUAGAUUCAUCGCAAUUUGUAUGUUGUAUCAUAUCAUUUUUUACCUUCCCAAAUUUUGUAGGUUUCACUUGGUUCACAUUCUUUGUUGUUAUUCAAAUGUUCUAAAUUUGUCGUAACUUACAAGAGUAAACUCAUACUCCAAUAUCACUAUAUUGUGCAAUAGAAGGUUCUUUUUUUUGA